GCGAGAGUUCCGCAUACGUCUUGAAAAAACCGGCGAUGUCGAGCGGAUGAUUUCGCGGGAAGUGACACUUUCGCCCCCUGAGAAGAAAAACAAUCUGAACAUAAAUAACUUAGAACCGCACAUCUGUCAAACUCGGACCACGGCUGCAGAUUGAUUUUCCUUCUUCCAAGGACGGUCAUGUUCUCCGACCUGAGCGCCCAGAAGGAGGGCUCCUCUCUGCUCUGCCGCCCUGCCUCCGAGGACCAGGGGCCGGUGUUCGAGCGGACCUCUCUGGCCUUCAUUCCCUGCUCUGAGCGCUACUCACUCGGGGAGAGAAGCUUCAGUCGCCAGUAUGCUCACAUCUACGCAGCUCGACUCAUGCAGAUGAGGCCCCUGCUGUCAGAGAGAGCCCAGCAGAAAUGGGGAUCAGAUGUGCCCAUCAGGAAUUUGUGUGAUCUUCAGAUGGGUGAGCAGUGUUGCAUUGUGGGCACUGUGUUCAAGCGCAUGGAGUUGCAGCCAUCUAUUCUUAAAGAGAUCAGUGAGGAGCACAACCUGCUGCCCCAGCCUGCACGAGCCAAAUACAUCAGUGACACAGAUGAGUUGAUAUUGGAAGACGAGCUCCAGAGAAUUAAGCUAGAGGGCAAAAUCGAGAAAGACAGGUGUAUCACAGGAAGCAUUAUUGCUAUAUAUGGAGCUGAGAAGAAUGAUGGGAAGUUCACAGUUGAGGACUUCUGCACAGCUGAUCUUCCUUUGCAGACAGCAAGGCUUGCACUCAGCUCAGACAGGUUUGUGCUCCUGGCCUCAGGACUUGGUCUUGGCAGUGUUCAUGCCGACAGUAUGCUGGGGCUGCAGCUGCUUGUUGAUAUGGUAACUGGUCAGCUCGGGGACCAGGGGGAGCAGAGUGGAGCAGCAACCAUUUCCAGGGUCCUACUGGCUGGAAACCUCCUGAGCCAAAGCACCCAGGACAAAGAUGCAUCAACGAAGGCCAAAUACCUCACCAAGAAGACUCAGGCUAGCAGUGUGGAAGCCAUUCGUCUGUUGGAUGAGCUCCUGCUUCAGCUCGUAGCCUCUGUUCCAGUGGAUGUAAUGCCGGGCCAAUAUGACCCCACCAACUACACCCUCCCACAGCAGCCUCUCCACCGCUGCAUGUUCCCCCUGUCUUCAGUGUACCCCACGCUACAGCUGGCAUCCAAUCCAUACCAGGCCAAAAUUGAUGGAGUUAGGUUCCUGGGCACAUCGGGACAGAAUGUUUGUGACAUUCAGAAGUACAGCAGCAUGGACAGUCACUUGGAAAUACUGGAGGAAACGCUACGACUCAGACACCUGGCCCCUACUGCACCUGAUACUCUUGGAUGUUUCCCAUUUUACCAAAAAGACCCUUUCAUUUUGGAAGAAUGUCCCCAUGUUUACUUCAGUGGCAACUCUCCAAACUUUGGGUCCAAGCUCAUCAAAGGUGCUGAUGGCCAGGAAGUCCUUUUGGUUACUGUCCCAGAGUUCAGCAGCACCCAGACAGCGUGCCUGGUCAAUCUACGCACUCUGGAAUGUGAGCCAGUCAGCUUUUCUGCCUUCUCUGCUGAUGAUGAUGAGGAAAGUGAGAUGAACAUCAGUCACUGAGGAGGGUCCAUAUCCACACACACAGUCCAGCAAACGGAGAGUGAGAUCUUAAGACACUAUUUGUGCACAUUCAGACUCAGUUUUCUUGUCUAGAGGCUAAUCAAUUCCACAUGUGGCCAAUAGUGACAAUCGGUGCUAAACUGGUGCUGUGCAGUAUCAUAAAGUUCAAUGAAUUCCUAUUAGAAUUGUCUCAUAAAGUUGCUUUUAAUGUUUCUUUUUGACGUGAUUUUUUUUCAUUAGUUUGUUAGAGGCAAACAGAAAUCACUGUUCACAAAUGUGCUGAAUAAGAACACAAGCAUUUUGUAUAAACAAGCCUUUAUUUGAAAAAUAACUCUUCUAACCAUCUGUAUGCGAACACACAUGAUAGAAGACCCUUCCCCUGCUCCCCUCCCUCUUUACCUUUUCGCAAGUGUUCACAAUGUAAAAAAUAAUUCUGCCUUGGAGGAAGAUAAUGUAAAUAACUCAGCUCUGGUGAAAUUAAAACAAUGUCAUGAAUUUGUUUAAUGUGCAUCCACAAUAAACUUUUCUUUAU